CUUUCCCGAGCGGCAGGUUGUUUCGAGUGGGCUGCAAAGAAAGAAAAAAAAAGCUUUUUAAACUCUGUAUCAGCGGGACAAUGUCGCUGCUCGUGCUCCAGUAGCUGUUAGCAGCAGGUGGAAGUGGACCGGGGGACACAGUGAGGACAUGGACCGCGAGAGGCAAUCAGAGUGUGUACCUGCUGGUUUUCAGCAAGUGUGACGGACUGACUUGAAGUUUCAUUUCAGUGGUUGUGACCAUGGCGGGCUGGUGGUGCCACCGAGCCUGUAUGUGCUGUCUGUCCGAGGAUGAGAAGACCAACAUCCAUGUGGACAGGGAGAUCGAGAGGAUCCUCAAGCAGCAGAAGAAGAAGGAGAGGAGGGAGAUUAAAAUUCUCCUGCUGGGUACUGGGGAGAGCGGGAAAACCACCUUCAUCCGACAGAUGAGGAUCAUCCAUGGACGAGGCUUCUCAGAGGAGGAGAGGAGGACCUUUGCCAAAUGCAUUUACCAGAACAUUCUCUCAGCCAUGAAGGCCAUGACAGGAGCCAUGACCGCACUCAGAAUCCCAUACUUCAACCCCGAGAACGAGAUCUACGGCAAGUGGCUGCAGGACGUAAACACAAUGCAGAUUGCACAGCUGGAGCGCGGCUACGUUGAUGCAAUCCGCCGCCUCUGGGCAGAUUCAGGCAUCCGGGUCUGUUACAGCCGUCGCUGCGAGUACCAGCUGCUGGACUCCACAGAGUACUACAUGAGUAAUCUGGACCGCAUCGCCGCUCCAGACUACAUCCCCACAGAACAGGAUGUGCUGCGAGUUCGAUUCCCCACCACAGGCAUCCACGACUACUCCUUCACCAUCAAGACCAUCACACUAAGGAUUGUGGACGUGGGCGGUCAGAAGUCGGAGCGUCGGAAAUGGAUCCACUGUUUUGAAAACGUCACCUCGCUCAUCUUCCUGGCCUCCCUCAGCGAGUACGACCAGGUCCUGGAGGAGAGGGACACCAUUAACCGUAUGCAUGAGAGUCUGGCUCUGUUUUACACCACCAUCCACUCUCCGUGGUUCUUCAACACCUCCAUCAUCCUCUUCCUCAACAAGACUGACAUCCUGGCUGACAAAAUCCAGACAUCUGACCUGCAGAAAUACUUCCCCAGCUUCACAGGUAAGAGGCAUGACCCCGAGGACGCCAAGAACUACAUCCGCAAGCUGUACGAGCAGCAGGCCAUCAACCGGGACAACAGGGACGCGUGGAAGACGCUUUACCCACACUUCACCUGCGCCACAGACACCAACAACAUCCGCAGGGUCUUCAGCGACGUCAAGGACACGGUGCUGCUCAAGUCUCUCAGGGACUACGGAGUCAUCUGAACUUUUACACAGUGGUGACCAACAGGAAUAAACCGGAGGUUCUUGAGUGUGCUGCAAUAUUUAAUUCUACUGAUGAAGACCAAAAGUUUUCUAUGUUUUUUCUCAAGCAACAAGCUCCUGUCCGCCCCUCCCGAAGACCUGCACUCUCUUCCUCCAAGUAGAAAACAUGAAGAAUUGUUUAGGGAAACACAAGACUUGAGUGACUUCUGAUGAGAGAGUGAGGCACCACCAACCCCCAAUUUUGAGCAUUUGGUUCAUGAUGAUCCAUAACAGAGGGAAUCCAUCAGGUACAUUGAGGUUCAAGCAAAAAAUGUAAACACACAAACUGUUUGUUGUUGUGUA